CAUGCAUGACAACUCAUUACACAGUUGUAAAAUUUCAUUCCUCAAAACCUAAUCUAUCACAACAAACUCAUCAUAAAGAAUGUGAGAGGUUAUAAAAGCUAGUGCCAAUACUUUCACCCACAUCGCCAAUUAUCACUAGUUAAAAACAUAUAUAUAUAGUGACACCUCCAUCCCCGACCAACCAGCAAUAUAGUGCAACGACACCUCUAUUCUCCACCAAUCAACAACGUAACGCUUCCAUCCGGCCACCAACAAUGACGCCAACUCGAAAGGUUGAAACUUGAGAGGGGCGAGCUUGAAGCUAGAAGGGCAUUUUAGUCUUUUCACAAGAUUCAAUUCAGCGGAAAUCUCAACGGUCGUCACUUUCAUUUCUUCCCGCCCGGCCACCGAAACCCUAAUUUCACCAUUCUCGAAUCGAAGAAAGAGAUCGAAGAUGAGUUCCAGUUCAAGAGAAAGUUCAUUAUCGUCCGGGGGGAAGAGCUCAAUCGAAACCGCGCAGCGAAGUCCUGGAAGCAAUUCCGGCGGGUCAAUUCCCCCGCCACGCGAGGGUGCGAUGAUUUGCUUGGUCUGCGGGGAGGGGUUUCCGAGCGUUAAGAGCAUGUUUGGGCACAUGAAGAACCACAAGAGUCGAGGAUGGAAGGGCGCGUAUCCUCCGCCGGCCUUCGACUACGAAACUGAAUUCGCGGAGUAUAAGCAUCUGCUCGUGAAGCCGAUGGAUCAACAGGAAGAGGAAAUUGAAGCCGCCGGCGAAGGAAUUGCUGUGCAAGCGUCGGCGCCGGCUCCGGGAGGGCCAAGAGGCGUAACCGUGCCGGACUUGAACGCCUCGCCGGAAAAAGGGGAAGCGGCGGGAGAGUAUCUCCUGCCGGAUCUGAAUUUCCCCCCCUCCAGAUUCCUGUGAUCGACUCCGUGCAUGCAUGAAUGGAAUGGUGUAUUUUUUUUAAAGCAUUUAUUUAUAUGUGUUAUGUGUUAUUAUUGCUCAUGUUAAAAUUUGUAUUUUGUGUGACAUCUUUUGUUUGUUCAA